AUGGACCAGGCAGCGACGACGCUGGCCCAGCACCUUGUCGAGAAAUUGCACCAGACACCGAGCAAUGACCGACUCCUAGUAGGCAUCUGCGGAAUCCCAGCAUCUGGCAAAUCAGUAUUUUCUGACCUCCUAGAACGAUACACGAACGAACUACUAGAGAAAUCCGGCCAGCAAUCUCGCGCGGUGCUCGUCGGUCUCGAUGGAUGGCACCUCACCCGAGCUCAGCUGGACCAGUUUCCUGACCCCAAAUUGGCUCAUUCCAGACGCGGAAUCCACUGGACGUUCGACGGCCCAGCCUACCUUGCAUUCGUGAAGAGCCUGCGUAUACCGUUGGACGCGUCGUCCGUCAUCACUGCCCCAUCUUUCGACCACGCAGUCAAGGAUCCGACUCCGGAUGCCGUCACCAUUCGGCCUCAUCAUCGUAUCGUCAUUAUCGAAGGGCUGUACACCUGCUUAGCUGUUGAUCAUUGGGCAGAGGCAGGUCGCCUGCUGGAUGAGCGGUGUUACCUUCGUUUAGACAUCGAGGAGGCGAGGCAGAGGCUGGUGAAGCGCCAUGUAUUGACCGGGAUCACCCAGACGUUGGAUGAUGCCCACGUUCGUGCAGAGCAGAACGAUAUGCCUAACGGCACGUUCAUCAUUGAAAACAUGCUGGAGCCCACAAGAAUCAUCGAUAGCGUAGACCACCCGGCCUUCAAGCUCAACUGA